GAAAAAGCGUGGGGGUAAAUUCGGAAGAAGGCGGUGAUGCUGCAGUGGCUAAUAUGUCGCGAUGCUAACUGGGUGUGAUUUGCCGCCAUAAGAAGCUCAACUUGAACGACGUUAAAACUCCAGCUAUCAGAGUGGGUCUGUGGGCUGGCCGGUGUGUUGUAGUGGGGUGGAAGUGGGAGGCGGCUGAGUCGUCGUCGUUGUUGUCGGAGGAGGAGGAGUAGGAGGAGGGCUGUGCUUCUUUUCUUUUUAAACCUGCUAAUCCUGCUGCUGCCCUCAAUCUCCGAGAGGAGGAGGUGAGCAAGGACGCAUACAAGUUCACUCCGACACUAUUAUUAGUAUAUAGGCUCCGGAAGAUUUGUUUUUUUUUUCUUUUUCUGAUGAUUUAAAUAUGUCUGCUACAACCAGUUCCAGUGAACACCAGGAUAGCGACUCCAAUAAACUGGAAUCUGUGAUACAGAGGCUGGAGGAGAGUGUUCUAUCUCAGGAGAAGAAGCUAACCGUGCGGGGACCCUCACCGGAUGCUCCCCCUACGUGUCUCCCAGCGAGAGUUCGGGAGAUUGUUACAAAGAACCUCAAGGAAAGCCCUCCGGAAGCAAUGUCUUCACUCAUGUCACUCCAGGAGGAGAACCGAGUUCUACAGGGAGAGCUCGCCAAGCUGGAGGACUUGCUGGCGCACAGCAGAGCAGAUCGAGAUGAGCUCGCCAUCAAGUACGGCGCAAUCAGCGAGCGGUUGGAGCAGACCCUACGUUUCGACUCGGGAGAUGGCGACCGUGAUUCCCCGGAGUCUCGUAGCCUGGCUCAGCAGAACGUGGAUCUCCGCAGGCGGCUGGAUGAGGAGCAGGCGGCCUACAAGAGGAAGCUGACUGCCUAUCAGGAAGGCCAGCAGAGGCAGGCGCAGCUAGUGCAGAAGUUGCAGGCUAAGGUGCUGCAGUACAAAAAGAGGUGUGGAGAUCUGGAGCAGAUGCUGCAGCAGAAGUCGUCAGAGUUUGAGAAACCCAGGCUGAGUGAUUCCAGCGAAGCAUCAAAUGGUCGGCAUGCAGACGAAUCGAGCAGCAACCUGGAGGAUGCUUUAAUCCGUCUAGAAGAAGAGCAACAAAGGAGUAGCAGUUUGUCUGCGGUGAACUCCAUGCUGAGGGAGCAGCUGGAGCAGGCCGGUUUGGCUAACGAGGCUCUGAGCCAGGACCUCCGCAGGCUCACUGCUGACUGGACCAGAGCCCGAGAAGAGCUGGAGCAGAAGGAGUCGGACUGGAGGAGAGAGGAAGAGUCUUUCCAUAGCUACUUUAGCAGCGAGCACAGUCGUCUUCUCACUCUGUGGCGACAAGUGGUUGGCUUCCGUCGGCACAUCUGUGAGCUUAAGAGUGCCACUGAAAGAGACUUGUCAGACAUGCGCAACGACCUGGCCCGAGCGUCGCACUCCGCUCAGGUGUCAUGCACGUCUCUGUGCGCGACGCUGCACAAUCGAGACGGAGGCGCUACGCUGGCCCUGGAGCGCGAGAAGGCUCUGCGGGUCCAACUGGAGCAGCAACUCAGAGAACGUGUGGCUGAGAUGAUGAGCUUUCAGGCCAGAACUGACGCAGAGAGAAGCGAGCUCAACGUCAGGCUGUCUGACUCGGUCCGGGAGGCAGAAAGACUCAAGGACAAAAUUGAGGAGAAAGAACGAGGACUUGUGGUCCUGACCAGGAGGCUGGAGGAGCAGAGCAGCAAUGACGGGAGCGAAAUGCAGCUGAUGAGAGCUCACACUGAGACGCUAUUGGACACACUGCGGGACAUAGCGCAGACGGUAUUGUCAGACGCAGAGUCGUCAUCCGAGGCAGACCAGGACAACUCUGCGGCGCCGCUGCUGACCUUCAUCCACAGCUCAUCCCCUAGCGCUGCUCCGAGGAGGUCAUCCUCCCCCUCGAGGCCCACCUCAUUGUCUGCGCUCCCUGAGGCAACCCUCUCAGCGCUACGGUCGGCAGUCACAAACAAGACACUUCAGCUGCAGGACGCUCGGGGGCGUCUGCUGUCCGCCCAGUCCUCCAUACAGCAGUUACGCAAGCAGCUCGCCGAGGCCGAUUCAGCCAAAAGAGAAGCAGACCAAUGCAAUGAGACGCUGCAGAGAGAGCGGGAUGCCGCCCAGCGGGACAGAGAAACCACGCAGCGAGAACGAGAUCGCUUGCGGCAGGAGAGAGACACGCUGGCCAGUGACAAAGUGAGCCUGGAGAAGAGCGUGCAGGCAGCACAGAGCAGCAAGCAGACCCUUCGCAUGGACUGUGAGAAGCUACAGCUGGCUCUGACGUCUAUGCAGCGGGAGAAGGACCACCAGAGGGAGGAGAAGGAGGCCGCCAUUCAGGAGAAGGACCGAGCCAAGGCCGAAGUUCAUCGGAUUCAGAAGCAAUGGGACCAGAGCGAGAACCGAGCCUCAGCCCAGCGUGGCGAGCUGUCUGCAGUGAGGGAGACUCACCAGCAGGGGGAGAUUGAGAGGCAGCUGCUGGAGAGGGAAAAAUCCCAACUCUCUGAAGCACUCACUCGGACUGAGAACAGUAACGCAGAACUCUCUCUACUGGUCAACAAGCUCCAGUCCGAGGAUGCGGCUCUCAGGGACACCCUCGCCAAAAUGGCUACCAUGAAUGAGGCGCUGUCCCAAGACAAAGUUGACCUCAACAGCUACAUCCUGCGGCUGGAGGAGGAGAAGGCCCUGCUGCACACGCAGAAACGCGAAGCCGAGCAGGAGAAGCUGACCAUCAGGGACGAGCUGGUGCGCUUGGAGCAGGACCGGCUGGAGCUGGACUCGGCCCGCAUCACGCUGCACCAGGCCCUGCAGGACACGGAGCUGAGCCGCGUGGGGAUGGAGGCGGAGCUUCAGAGUCUCCGGACGGAGAGGCUGAAACUGCAAGAGCGAGUCACGCAGCUGUGUACCGAGGUGUCCUCCUUGGGUUCCGAGUUAAGUCUCGCCAGAGGAGAGGGUCAGCGCAACGAAGCGGCCUUGGAGGAGGUCGGCCGCGGACGCGCGGAACUGGCGAGAGACAAAGCAUCACUUCUCGUUCAGCUGACGGCGUCCGAGAGAGACAACAGCACGCUGUCGGAGGAACUGGCCGCUUACAGGUCUCAACGCGAGUCUUUGGAGAGCAGCUUGUUUGAAGCGCAGCAUCAACUCGCUCAGGUGGAGUCCCGCAGGGAGCAGCUGGAGUCAGACAACCAAAAACUGAUAGUGCGCUAUGACACGGCAACAGCUGACCUACGGCGUGCUCGCGCUGAGGUGGAGAGCGUGUUGGCCCAGGCUGAUAAGGAGAAACAAGCUCUGAGUCAGACCCUGAAUGCAGCACAGCUGGAGGCCCAGCAGGCUUUGCGCAAGGCCACCUGCGAACAUCAGGAGGAGGUGGAGAAGCUUGUCUCGGAAAAGGAGGUGCUGCGGCAGAGUCUCACGGCGUCCCACAGCAGCACUAUGAAGAAGCUGAGGCAGGAAGUCGAGGCUGAGCUUCACAAAGCACAGACAGAAAGGGAGGACAUACAGAGCGAACUGAGGGCGCUGCAGCACGACCGAGAUCAGAGUCUGCUUCAGGCCGAAACGGAGAAGCAACAGGCUUUGUCCCUGAAGGAGGCGGAGAAAGCGGCACUGUGCGACAGAGUGUCCAGUCUGCAGGCCGAGCUGUCAGCUGCAGCCCUCGAGGCCGAGCGCAAAGCCCGAGCGGCGGCUCUUUGCAAAGAGCAGGAGCAGGCCAGAGUUGGAGCUCUAACCAGCGAGCUGCAGGAGCUUCGCUCUCAACUCGAGGACACGUCCUCUCUUCGCGAAAGAGAACUUCAGAGUCUGCGAGAGACUCUUACCGACUUUGAGUCACGCGCUGACGGCGCCGUCAAAGAGCUGGACACGUGCAGAUCUUCUCUUGCCGUCAGCGCCGAGAGCCGAGAUCAGCUCAGACGAGACAUCAUGGAGGCCGAGCGUCGCCUCAACCAAGCUCAGGACGAGGUCCAGAACUUCCGGAGGGAAGGGACGGAACUGCGUCGCAGCCUGAUUGACGUCUCCAAGGAGAGAGACGCCCUCAGCUUGUCCAACUCCCAGCUCAGGGAGAGUCUCCGAGGGGCGGAGACGGAGAGAAUCAGCGUGAAGCGACAGUGCGAGGAGAAGGAGCAGAGGCUCACUGUGCUCCAGGAGAAUUUUUCCUCCACUCAGAAGGAGGUGGCGGAGUUGCGGAGCUGUCUGAGGGAAGUAGAAAGGUCACGACUGGAAGCACGGCGAGAGCUCCAGGAGCUGCGUAGACAGCUGAAGGUUCUGGAUGGAGAGAAGGAGCAGAAAGGGAGGGAGGUUGCAGAGCUGCAGACUCGCUUGUCCCUGGAGGAGCAAAGAGAGGAGGAGCGAGGGAAGGAGCUUUUUACCUUCAAGCAGAAGUUCACCGAAGCUGAGACAGCUAGAGACACAUUCAAAAGGGAGCUCUCCCUGAUUCAGAAGCGCCUGACCGAGUCCGAGUCCGGCUGGCGUCUCUGCGAGAGAGAACUGACAGCUCAGCUUCAGGAGGCACGAGGCUGCGAGAAGAAGCUGCUCGACGAAGCCAAGAACCUGGCACUGCGCACUCAGGCCGCCCAGGACUCAGCCGGCUUGUACAGCCUACAGCUGAGUGAAGCGCAGGGGCGCCUGGCAGCCACGGAGGCCGAGCUCGUGCGGGCCGAGGCCUGCAGGAGGGACCUGGAGUUUCGUCUGAGCGGCCUCCAGUCCACACUGACCAGAACGCUUGGUAUUGGAGCGAGAGCGGUUAGGGGGCGGAGCCCCAGAGGGAGUUCUGCAUCUCCUGGCGCCGUGUCACGGCAUCACAGCAUCUCACCCCUGCGUUCCUCUUUGUCGCCCCCUAAAGAAUUCCACACCAGCACCCCUGACAACACUUUGGGCUCCAGAGCUGUAUCUCCAGAGAGAGGGGACACGCCCCUACCUCUCUCGCCCCCACAACCAGAGCUGGACACUGACACUCUACGAAGUGGUCUCAAGGACUUCCUCCAGGAGCUCCGUGACGCGCACAGAGAGCGGGACGACGCCCUGUGCCAGUUGGGGGCUCUGCAACGUGAAGUGGACCAGCUGAGGGUGGAUGGAGAUUUGGCGCAGAGCCGCCUCACUCAGCUGCAGAAGACCUUACAAGAUUCCCAAGAAGGGAAACGGGGCCUGGACGAGCGCCUGACGCAGUCUCAGCUUCAGCUCCACCAGCACGAGGAGGCGGCCAGGAGAGGCGACAGAGAGAGGCGGGGCCUCGCCGAACGGGUAAAGGAGCUCGAGCGUGUGCUGCAGGCCUGUGAGACGGAGAAGCAACACGUUCAGGAACAACUGGACAAGCAGCGAGCCACCGAAGUGCGUCUGGAGGCCGAGAGAAGGCGCCUGCGGGAGGCGCUGGAGGUGGCCGAAGCGCGGGCCACCAGGGUGGAGGUGGGCAGGCGGAGUCUGGAGGGGGAGCUGCAGAGAGUCAGACUGACCCUUGGAGACAGGGAGGCGGAGAGCCAGGCCUCACACGACCGCCAUGACACUCUGUUCAAACAGGUAGCAGACGGAGAAGCCCGAGUGUCUCUGCUUCAGCGGGAGGUGGAACGUCUGAGUCAGGCUCUCCUUAAAGCCGAAGAAAACGAAGCUCUUCUGCGAGAGAAGACCAUCUCCCUCAACCAGACCCUGCAGGAGGUGGCGGCUGCUCACGGCAACACUCAGAGUCGCCUGACUUCCCUGCAGAACACUUUGAGCAUGACGGAGCAGGAGAAGCAACACCUCCAAGAAAGAAUCGACGAGUCACGGGCGUCUUUAGCCGAAGCGAGGCGCAACAUGGCCGCACUCAGCGAGCGCAUGCACGGCCUCCAGAGCGAGCUGCAUCACAGUGAGCUGCAACGUGAAGAACUGCUAACCGAGGUCACCAAGACCCAAGAGGUUCUACGUCAGCGUACGGCCAGCCUGGCCGAGGCCCAGCGUGGCGCCCAGACGUCUCAGACAGAGCGCGCCGCCGUGGAGGAGCGUCUGCGGGCGUUGCAGAGGGCGGUGGCCCUGCUGGAGACGGAGAAGAAAGAUGCAGAGAGACAGGCUGUGAGGUUGGAGAAGGAUAAAAAUGCCCUGAGGAACACGCUGGAUAAGGUUGAGCGUCAGAAGCUGAAGAGCGAAGAGGGCAGCAUGCGUCUUUCCGCCGAAAGAAAGCGUUUGGAUUGCUCGCUGAACACGGCCGAGCAGGAGCUGCAGGAAGCCCAGCAGCAGAUACUCAUGCUACAGAUGCAGAUGGCUGACAUGGAGCAGUCCCACAGCGUGUGCGAGAGUUUGGCCAGGCAGCGUGAUGACGCUCAGCAGGAUGCCGAGAGGCUGAGAGCCAGCUUCAGGGACCUGGAGAGGACUCUGGGCUCCAGGGAGCGCACUCACAGGCAGAGGGUCAAAGGACUGGAGGAGCAGGUGUCCACCUUGAAGGAGCAACUCCAACAGGAGAUGAAACGACGACAGCCUUCGCUUUCCUCCUCUUUCCUGUCCGCAGCCAGCUGAGAGGUGACCACCAAGAUGGCCAAUCGUAUUUUUUCAAAAUAAAUGUAGAAAACUACUUACUAAAAAAGAUGAAAGUGAACACAUUAAAAGCUAAUUUUUAUGAGAAUAAUGUUGUAAUUUUAUGUGGAAAAAUUGAAAAAAUAACCUCACUUUAUUAGCAUGAAAUAUUGAAAUAUUAAGGACUACAGAUGUUUUUUUAAUCAGUAUUUAUUAUUAUUAUUUUAACUUUUUUUAAGUGGUAAUUAUGAGUUAUGAGAAGAAAAUUCACAUGAAGGAAGUUGAAAUAGUUGAGGAAAAAAUAAACAGAACAGAACAAACCAGAACAAACUUGUAACAUUGUGAGGAUAAAUAUAUAUU